AUGGCCAUUAUUUCACCAAUGGGGAAGGCCCUGGUGGGUCCGGUAACAGAAAGGAAUUGGGUGCUCGCUGUUCAUGAACCAAUGCACAUCAGUGAGCAGAGGGGUGUCACUGAACCUGAACAAUGUGCAUCGGAUAGGAACAACUGCGGAGGAAUGAGCCGCGAUUCCAUUGACUACAGAUUGACAUUUGUUAAGCGACCGGACGAAAUCACAGGAGAUGAUGACCCGAACGUUUACAGAGUGGAAAUGUCCUGUGGACACGCUGUGGAUCCCAUUUCACUCACGGAAUGGUGUCGGAUCCGUAUCAGCGAGGGUCAUUUCAAAUUCCACUGCCCUGCAGUAAUAGAUGGGAUAAAUGAAGGCUGUGGAAAGGAAUGGUCCUACAUGGAGGUGUGCAGACACGCAUUGCUCUCUGUUGAGGAACGACAGGAUUUUGAAGAGAAGCUUGCCACUCUUGCCGCUUCAAGCUACUGUGAAUUCAAACAGUGUCCUAGGUGUGAGAGUUACGUGGAACGGAAAGAUGAGAUGAACAUGUCAGUGACUUGUUCAGUCUGCACAGCCAACGAUGGAAUCCCUUUUGAAUUUUGCUGGCAAUGUAUGAAGGAGUGGAAAGGCCCAGCUCCGCAAUCUGAUAAAUGUGAUAAUGAAGGAUGCAUUAAUAUCCAGCUGGAAACCUUGAGGAACUGUGACACAAAAACUUUACCUUACAGCAAUAUUCAAAAUUGUCCAAAGAUCCGUGCUUGUCCCACUUGUGGGUUGCUUAUAGAACAUAAAGAUAUGUGCAAAUAUGUCAUUUGCAUCAGAUGCCAUGUGGAAUUUUGCUUUGCCUGCCUUAGCACAAAGGCAAUUUGCAGUGAAUCAUCUGAGUAUUCUCUUCAUUGUGCUAUACCUGUAGCCCCAAGGCAAACAAGUAUUCCAGUGUGGAAUCGUACUCAAGUUCAGAUCUCCAAUUCCACUUCAGAUUCCUAUUCAUUUGGCAGUACAAGUCCCACUCCAAGUCCCACCCCAAGUCCAAGUCCCACUCCAAUUCCCACCCCAAAUCCCUCUCCAAGUCCAAGUCCCACUCCCACCCCAAGUCCCGCUCCAAAUCAUAUUCAGAAUCCUAUACAAAAUCCCACUCGAAAUCGUAUUCAGAAUUUCUUUUCAAAUUUUAAUAGGCUUUCCAAGUAUAGGUGUUGCACAAUUCUAUAA